AUGCUGGGUGACAGGACCGUGGUCUUUGACACGGUCCAGAGUUCGCCUAUGCAGAGGCUAGUCAAGGACCUAAUGGAGAUUAGAAACCUAGUCAGGUCGUCCAACCCUAUGUAUAGGGAAGCACUGAAAGUGAUGGGAAACAGUCUCUACGGCUCGCUGGGCUACUAUGUGUCUCCACUGUACGGUCCCUCCUAUGCUGCGUCAGUCACGGCCAUAGGCAGAUACUGUGCGAAGUAUACAGCUUCGACGUUUCGCAAACGCAGUAUGGUAGUAGCGUACGGGGACAUAGACUCGUGUAUGGUGCGCACCGCUCGUGAGGACUCCCAGGUCAAGAUAGUAGCCCAAGAGGCUCUCGAUUCUAUGCACUCUAUCUUUAUGGGCUGUGCUCUCAGGAUGAUGUUCAUGGAAGUGCAGGGUUUCUACCCGCCUGCGGCCACGUUGGACAAGAAAAGGUACUGCCUCGUGAGAGAAGACGGUGCCAUCAAGACUGUUGGAGUUUCCGCUGCGAGGAAGGACACUCUCAGCAUAUAUCUGAGGCUGCUCGACGCCGACGAGCCGAAGAAACCGAAUGACAACAAUAACAACGAUGACACCGAUGAUCCCCCUUCGUCGUCAUCGUCUUCGCCACGCGGACUCAAGCCCAUCUGCUACGAAUGCGACGCCUAUACGCACCUCGACCUGAGUAGCGGCAACCAGUUCAAGCUCAGAGCGCCGUCGAACUCGUCUUUUACCUCAAGGGGCCGGAUCUAG